AUGGGAUUUCCUGGCGACGGCGAGGACAGACGGCCAUCGAUAGCGAGUCUUACGACGGUCUCGUCGGCAGGGUCCAAGUCGAGUGCGGGCGGCGGGCGUGUACACAAGAAGCUGCAAGGCUUCUUCGGUGACGAUGUCACACUGCCCGGUGUGAUCAACGAUGCCAGCAGACAAAAUUCGGAGGCCAGCUCGAUUAGAAAUGGCGCUUCCUCAGCUCUUGCGUCUGGUGGACAGCCGGGAAUCCGGAAUAAUUCCUUCAACGAUGCGAUGAUGCGGAGCGGACCUCCCAGUCCUUCAUUGUCGAGACCGCGAACUCCAAAUCCACAACCUGUGAGCGAAGUCACGCCAUGGGUAGUCCAGGAUCCUGAGAACGCGCCUGAUUCCUUCUUCCCAUCCGGAACCAGCAACGGCAAAUCGUCAAAGAAUUCAACCGCAUCCCGCCUCCACCUACCGGGUCACAGGCAUAAUCGGAGUAAUGAUGAACGGCAAUCCGGCGGGUUUCCACUUCGACCUGCAACAAGCCGGGAACAGUCGUUUAGUGGUAUGCGAAAGGAGCCCACGCCCACUUCGAGGAGCGCAGCGCUCAACCUGAAGCAGACCAGGUCUAUCAGUCCAGCCCCGAGCGAACGCCCCGAAACGAUCGUUGUUGGAUCGUGUUACCCGUCGACACAAACCACCGGAACCAAAGCCGUAUCAAAGCCAAUGACGAAGUCCAAAACGGAUCUAGCAAGCAUGGGUGCGACACCGAGAAAGGAGCAUCGUUUGCCUUUUAAGAGCAAGAAGACAGACACGUUCCCGACCGAAGCCAACAGACCUGUCAAAGAUCCCAACGAGAGCCACGCUGUGGUUGGAGAAGCGCUGUGGCAUCUGGAUACGGAUAUGUCGCAUAUGGAAGGGAUCGUGGACCACAAGCAGCCGCUAAUGACACCUCCGACGGGAGAGAUCUACGCCGGAUGGCCGCCCGAACAGGAGCCUGUAGAAUCAACAACGGAAGAAAAGGGUGCGUGGGAUGCUCCGGACAGUUGGGCAGUCAACAAAGUCGCCGAUGAGAAUCUGCGGAGGCUGACGGAACUGGACGAUGAUGGAAAUGUGCCCACCGAUGACUCUGGUCCGAUGUACUUCAUGCGAAUAUUCCGAGCCGACAGCACUUUCGCUGUCAUCUCCGCCAGCUUGAACACAACAGCAGCCGAGCUGAUAUCGAUGAUGGCGAAGAAGACCUUUCUACAGGACGAGUUGGACAAAUACCAGAUUAUCAUGCGGAAACAGGACACCAGCCGACAGCUUGCGCCUGGUGAAAGACCGCUGGUCAUUCAAAAGCGGUUGUUGGAGAUGGCUGGAUACCAAGAGCAGGACCAUCUGGAAGAUCUCGGACGAGAAGACCAUGGCUACUUAUGUCGAUUCACAUUCUUGCCGUCCAAGAUGAGCGGAUACUCUAGUCUGGAGCGCGAUCCUGGAUUCAACAAGAUGCAGCGUUUCAACCACAUCGAUCUUUCUGGUCGCAAUCUCAUCACGAUACCGAUUACGCUGUACCAGAAGGCCACCGAGAUCAUCACGCUGAAUUUGUCGAGGAAUCUGACGCUAGACAUCCCGAAAGACUUUAUCCAAAGUUGUUCGCAGCUUCGAGAGAUCAAGUACACUAGCAACGAAGCGUGGAGGGUACCGCCGAGUUUAUCGCUCGCCACCCGACUCACAACACUAGACAUCUCGAACAACAGGCUGGAACAGCUCGAGCACGCGGAUCUGCACAAGCUGCAAGGACUGCUCAGUUUGAAACUGUCCAACAACAAGCUCGCCAAUGUCCCACCUUACUUUCAGCAGUAUCGUGCGCUGCGCAGUCUCAACCUAUCCUCCAACUCCCUGACCGAGUUUCCCGAUGCACUUCGAAAGCUGACAACUCUGGUCGACCUGGACAUCAGCUUUAAUUCAAUAUCCAACAUGGGUGACGUCUCGACUCUUGUCAACCUGGAGCGAUUAUGGGCGACGAAUAACAAGCUCUCGGGUCCUUUUCACAAGUCUUUCAGCUCCCUCGUCAGUCUCCGUGAGAUUGACGCACGGUUCAACGCCAUCUCCAACAUCGAUGUUGUCUCUCAGCUGCCCAAACUGGAAGCACUCAUGCUUGGUCACAACAGCAUUUCCCAGUUCGAAGGAUCGUUCCAUUGUCUGAAGGUGCUCUUCCUCAACCACAAUCCUGUCACUAACUUCGAUCUCAAUUCUCCUGUGCCCUCGCUGUCCGUCCUCAACCUGGCCUCCGCGAAAUUGGCACAACUGCCCGACGCUCUGUUCAUGAAGAUGUCGGGCCUCACGAAACUCACCAUCAGCAAGAAUCACUUUGUCUCGCUAUCACCGAACUUUGGCCUCCUCCAGAAACUCGAGUACCUCAGCAUCGCAAAGAACGAACUCAGCCGAAUACCACCCGAGAUCGGGCGUCUGACCGAGCUGCGGUAUCUGGACGUUCGGGAGAACAACCUUGGCAUGCUUCCGCCCGAGAUUUGGUAUGCGAAACGCCUCGAAACGCUCAACGUAUCGUCGAACGUCUUGCAGGACUUCCCCAAGCCGGGCUCUCCACUGCCUCCGCUCCCCGAUGCGCCUGUGACACUGACGCCCAACACGCUGGUGCCAAACUCAGGCGGUAGUCCCGACUUUGAGGAGCUAGGCAAGCUGGAAGACUUUCAGCUUCGGCGGCCGAGUCAAGUGGCGGGCAUGAUGAGCACCUCGAGCUCCCCUGGCAGUAACUCGCGGAAAGGGUCUGUUGUGUCGUAUCACUCCGGCAAGAGUAAUGCUCUUGCCAGAGGCAGUACGGCUAGCAGUGUCGGUACCGUGACUCCUGGCGGUCCAGCUCGAAAAGACUCGACGCUUUCUAGUCGAUUGGCGGCGACAUUCUCCAGCUCUCUACGACAUCUUUUCCUCGCUGAUAAUCGGCUUGAGGACGAUGUGUUCAAUGAGCUGGUCCUGCUUCCGGAACUGCGGAUUCUCAAUCUGUCGUACAAUCGACUCUACGAUGUACCCACACGCACGAUCAGAAAGUGGACACAUCUCACUGAGCUGUACCUCUCCGGCAAUGACCUCACUUCCAUCCCGUCAGAGGAUCUCGAAGAAGGGUCGUCAUUGAAGGUGCUCCACAUCAACAACAACAAAUUCCAAGUACUACCAGCCGAAUUAGGCAAAGUUCAGCGACUUGCAAUUCUCGACGUCGGAAGCAACAUGCUCAAGUACAACGUCUCCAAUUGGCCUUAUGAUUGGAAUUGGAACUGGAAUCGCCAACUCCGGUACCUCAACCUUUCCGGCAACAAACGCUUAGAGAUCAAGCCGGCAUCACAAGCAACCACCGAGCGCGGUCAGCGAGAUUUGACAGACUUCUCGUCACUCAUCAAUCUGCGCAUUCUCGGUCUGAUGGAUGUGACUCUCACGAUUCCUUCAGUGCCUGAUCAAGCUCCUGAUAGGCGUGUUCGGCUCGCUGGCUCGGUCAUCGGCACAACGAUGCCUUAUGGUAUGGCCGACACGCUCGGACGAAAUGAGCAUUUGUCGACAUUGGACAUGGUUGUGCCGCGCUUCAGAGGACACGAAGACGAGGCGCUUAUCGGUCUCUUUGAUGGUCAGUCACUCUCUUCAGGAGGCAGCAAGAUUGCCAAAUUCUUGCAUGAGAAGUUUAAGCACUACUUCAUCGAGGAGUUGGAGAAGACGAAGCCGGAGGAGAAUCCGAUUGAUGCACUUCGUCGGACAUACCUCGCGUUGAAUAAAGAGCUGGCUACUGCUGCGACACAGGCCAUCGAUGCAAAAGAACAUCCAAGCAGCGCGCUCGUACACCGCGGAAGCGUCGUUGGUCCGGAGUUGGGUGAAGACGACCUCACUUCAGGAAGUACGGCUACAGUGAUGUACCUGCACGGCAUGGAGCUUUACAUGUCCAACGUCGGCGAUGCGCAGGCUCUGCUCAUCCAAUCUGAAGGUGGUCAUCGACAGAUCACUCGCAAACACGAUCCUGCGGAAGCCAGCGAGAGACAGCGCAUCCGUGAAGCCGGCGGCUUUGUUUCUCGCCAAGGAAAACUCAACGACCAGCUCGAUGUCUCUCGCGCUUUCGGCUAUGUCCAACUGACUCCAUGCGUGAUAGCAGAACCGUAUGUGAGCAAGGUGGACAUCAAAGAGUCCGAUGAGAUGAUAUUGCUUGCGUCACGAGAACUCUGGGACUACCUCACACCCGACUUCGCUGUCGACGUCGCUCGAUCAGAACGCGCUGAUCUCAUGCGAGCGGCGCAGAAGCUGAGAGAUUUGGCCAUCGCAUUUGGCGCCACGGGCAAGAUCAUGGUCAUGAUGAUUGGAGUGAGUGAUUUGCGCAAGCGAGAAAAGGCGCGCUUCAGGACCCAUAGUAUGAGCAUGGGUCCUUCUGGAUCGCCUGAUGACUACUUCACCACCGUACGGAAAGCCAAGCGUGGCCGUGAUGCAGUGGGAGACUCGAAGCUCGCACGUUUGGAUCAAGAAGUCGAUGCGCCGACGGGUGAAGUUACGCUCGUCUUCACCGACAUCAAGAACAGCACGAUCUUGUGGGAGACGUACCCCAUCGCCAUGCAGUCGGCUAUCAAGAUGCACAAUGAAGUUAUGCGUCGCCAUUUGAGGAUCAUUGGAGGAUAUGAAGUGAAGACGGAAGGUGAUGCUUUCAUGGUCGCUUUUCCCACCGUUACGAGCGCACUUCUGUGGUGCUUCACGAUCCAGAGCCAGCUGCUCGAAGUUCAAUGGCCGCAGGAGAUUCUCAACAGCGUACACGGCGAGGAGAUGCGCGACGGUGACGGCAACCCCAUCUUCCGCGGUCUCAGCGUGCGCAUGGGAAUCCACUGGGGUCGGCCGGUCUGCGAAAUCGAUCCCGUCACCAAGCGCAUGGACUACUUCGGCCCUAUGGUCAACCGCGCCGCUCGCAUCGAAAGUGUCGCCGACGGCGGACAAAUCUGCGUCUCCUCCGACUUCAUCCAGGAAGUCCAACGCAUGCUGGAGUCUCACAUCGAAUCCGACCGCAGCACCUCCACCGGCUCGGAAGAUACCCUCAACGACGACAUCAUGUCGCAGACCAUUCGGCGUGAACUCCGCUCUCUCAGCAGUCAAGGUUUCGAAGUCAAAGAUCUCGGCCAGAGGACUCUGAAAGGUCUUGAGAACCCGGAGUACAUCUACCUCAUGUACCCGCACUCCCUCGCUUCGCGACUUGUGGUGCAGCAGCAGAAAGCGGAGGCAGAGUCGAGAGCGCAUAUUGCGAGUGAGAAGGAGGCGAAGAAGACGAGGAAUAGCCAGUUGACGAUCGACACGGAUAAUGUGUGGGAUCUGUGGAAUGUCAGUUUGAGGCUGGAGAUGUUGUGUAGUACGCUGGAGAGUCCCGGGGUGAAGUCUUUGCGGGCACCGGAGACGGCGUUGUUGGAGAGGAUGAAGCAUGGGCAAGGGGCGGGGGAGAUCACGGAUCGAUUUCUGGUGAAUUUCGUGGAGCAUCAGAUUAGUAGGAUUGAGACGUGCAUCUCCACCCUUGCGAUUCGCAAUAUGAUCCGGCCGUUUGCGAAGGGUAUGCUUAGCCAGGCUUGUCCGAUGGAGGAUAUCCUGGGCGACUUGACGGCGCAGUUGAGUGAGUUGAAGACGUUGAAGGCGGCGACGGCGGCAGAUUAUGAUGACUUCGAGGCCUUCGUCAAGCCGAGGAAGUGA